GUUUCUCCAUAAAUCCAGAAGAUGAUAUCGCGAGCCUAGCGAUGUCACGUACCAGGAGAAAGCAACAGAAAAGAACGUCGACCUAAGGUACUUAUCUUUGAACGUCUCGGAAUGGCGUCCCCUCCCACCACUCCGUGGUCUAACGAAGAGCUGAGGUCGAAAAUCGGGCAAUAUACUUCGUCUGGAAGCAUAAUACUGAAUUUCUGUAUCUUAAGCUACAAGGGAGGACUUUAAGGAUAUCUUUACUGACAAACACCAGCUCUUUAUCGUUGGAUUUCAUGGUCACGUGGCGAGUGAAGAUAUCAAAACUCUCAUUCGGACUCACAGGAUUGGAGCAGUCAUUCUCUUCCUACGCAACGUCGAUAAUGCCACCCAGCUUCUAGAGCUUACGAACUCACUCCAAGAAAUAGCAAAGGAGGCUGGUCACAAACAAGGACUUUUCAUAGCCAUCGACCAAGAAAAUGGACUGGUCACUCGUAUCAAGUAUCCCGUUGCCGCUCAGCUUCCUGGCUCAAUGGCGCUGGGAGCAACAAGUGACGCCGAAAAUGCGUACAAGAUAGCAUCUGCUACGGCUGAAACGUUGAAGAGCUUUGGAAUCAACACAAACUAUGCACCAAUUGCAGAUGUCAAUUCCGAGCCUAGGAAUCCCGUCAUAGGAGUACGUUCUCCUUCCGACAAUCCCGAGACGGUGGGUAGACUUGUAUCUGCUCAAAUUAAUGGAUUGAGUGAAGGGGGUGUCAUACCUUGUGUCAAGCAUUUCCCAGGACAUGGAGAUACGGCUGUCGAUUCUCAUUACGGACUUCCUAUUAUCAAAAAGAGCCGUGCACAACUGGAUGCUUGUGAACUGAUACCUUUCAGAAGGGCGGUAGCUGAGGGUGUUGACUCUGUCAUGACUGCACAUAUUGCUCUGCCCGGUAUUGGAGAUCCAGCCUUGAGCGAGGAUCAUCCGUCGAAGAAGAUACCUGCAAGCUUGAAUCCUGAUGCUAUCAAGAUUUUGAGAGAAGAGAUGAAAUACGAGGGGAUGAUUGUCAGUGACUGUCUCGAAAUAGAUGGUGUCAGAGGCACAUUUGGCACCGAAAAGGGUGCUGUGAUGGCGCUCAAGGCCGGAACGGAUUGUGUCAUGAUCUGCCAUACUAUGUCAGCACAAGUUGGAGCAAUUGAGCAGGUGAUCGCAGCAGUGAAGUCAGGAGAAUUGUCCCAAGAUACCAUACAAACAUCCGUAGCAAGAGUAGAAGCUCUAAAGUCCCAAUAUGUAUCCAAUGCUAGCAUUCCACUCUCGACACUAGCAAAUGCCGAGGCUCGAAACAGUAGGCAGGCUUCACUUGCAUCAGAAGUUUAUGCGAAGAGCACGACGGUUGUUCGAAGUGUUACUGGAACUGUCCCAAUAGCGCUAGACUCGACGAAGAAGAUAGUCUUCAUCAGCCCAGGAAAGACACCCACUGGUGGUGGUGCUGUUGAGAGUGGAGAGGAGAAAACAAGAGAAGCGUACACACCAUCAACAUAUAUCGAUGUUCUCCGAGCCCAGUACCCUAAGAUUGUCGAUAUUCAAAUUCAUGAAAGCAAUCCACUCUCUUCGGAUGAUGAGAAGCAUAUCUCUGAUGCAGACACUAUUAUCUUUGCGACAAGAAAUGCCAGCUUGAGCCCCUACCAGAAAGAUUAUGGCUUGUCGUUGGGAAAGAGAUUUGCAGACAAGCUGAUCGUUAUCGCGACCUGCGAUCCAUAUGACUUCCUCGAAGAGAAGAAGGAGAUCAAGAACUACAUCACCAUCUACGAACCCACUAUCCCAGCAUUUAAGUCCGCAGUCGACAUUAUAUUCGGUGUUACCAAGCCAUUGGGCACUCUUCCUGUCGGAACUCCACCUACCAAAUAUGAUAUCCGACCCCUCUCGAAGUCCGACGAGGAUAUCCUCCAUCUCUUGAGUCUAUGGCAGAUGAUCUUCCCCAAAUGGCCCAUGGAGCUCAAACACCUAGCACAAAAUCUGAGGCAAGAGUAUGGUCACCACUUCAUUCACGAGAACGGCUUCGUCAUGUCAUUUUUCUUCUCUCUAGAGGGCAUAAAUCACGGAAAGAUUACAGCUGUUGGAGUCUUGCCUGAGUAUCGAGGGAAAGGUCUCGGCACUACUCUAGUCGCUAAAGCUCGAGAAGCACUUACGGAACAAGGAAAGCUGAAGAGUUUACAAUUCGGAUCUGUUUUCCCAAGAUUCUGGCCCAGUGUUCCCAUCGACUUUCCUCAAGAGACCAAAGACUUCUUGUUGCAUAGAGGGUUCCGUAAACCAAUCGAGCCUACAGCACGAGAUUUCUACCGCAACAUCACAGGCGAGAUUGCACCUCCUGAUAUCCUCGCUCGAGUCUCAAAGCUUCCUUUGAAAUUCGUUCCUUGGUCACCAGAGCUGUAUGAUGAAUGCAUCACAAAGCAACGAGCGAAUUUCAAGAACGUCGGCUGGGUGGAAGCCUAUGAGCGUCUCGCCCUCGCCAAGCAACACCACGAAGCUCUCGUCGCCAUCGACCCCAGCACCAACGCCCAACUCGGCUGGACACUUAUGUGCUCACCAUCCGCAGUCGUUCUCGACGAUUUCGCAUUCAUCAACCUCCUUCCAUCGAAAGAGAAAACUGGUCUCAUUGGCUGUGUGGGUGUUGAUAAGAAGGCUAGAGGGAAGGGAGUGGGACUUGCAUUACUAGUUAAAGCGAUAGAGAAUAUGAAGAAAAGGGGAGUGGAGGGGGUGAUGAUUGAUUGGGUUACUAUUAGGGGGUUUUACGAGUUGUUGGGGUUUAAGGUUGCUUGGGAGUAUGAGACUUUUGAGUGGUGAGUGUGCAGACCUAUCACAGAACUGGCUUCGAUAUUGCCACGAGGGUUCUGUGGUAAGUAGUCAGUCGACAAAAUAUCUACAAAUACCAACCAAGAUCUAUGCUGGUUUGACUAAUUUGAUUUCAAUCAUAUUCUCAUCCGA